UAACCUACUGACAUUAUUCUGAAAUUGAGUCACCUACAUUUCCUGUUUCCCAGGCUCUAAAGACUAUAAAAUGUAAAUGAUUUGGUACAAAGACGCUUACUUGCUUACUGAUAUCCAAUGUAGUCAGGCUGUAUAUAUUUGUGCUUAUUAGAUAAACUAUAUAAAAUAUAUACCGGUGUUGUUUCUGAUAUAUAACAAUGGCGACGAGGAUGUACAAAACAUGUUAACUCUGUGAUUUAAUUCGUUGGAGAAGUUAAAUCUCAGAUUCAAUUAAAUUUGAAGAUAUGGCAGCGAAAAUUGAUUUACCUUGCGUACCUCAGUUUGUGAUAGGAGGAGAACUAACAAAUGUAGCCCAAAGAUGGGAAGAUUGGAUGAAGAGAUUCAAAUAUUAUAUGGAAGCAUCCGGAGUUACUACUCAGAAACAAAAGCGUGCGCUUCUCCUACAUUUAGCAGGACCGGAAGUUCAGGACAUAUAUGAUACUAUUGAACAUACAGGUGAGAACUUCGAUGAUAUAGUUAAUGAUUUAAAUACUACUUUGCACCCAGAAAAAACGUUGCUUUCGAAAGACAUAUGUUUCGUCAGGCAUCACAAAAUGAAAAUGAAACAGUUACAAAUUUUGUGACACGAUUGCAAAAACUUGCAAUAUCUUGCGACUUUGGAGCGGCAAAAGAUGACAAUAUCCGUGAUCAGGUCAUCGAUAAAUGCAAAUUAACAGCACUAAGAAGAAGAUUUCUGCGAGAAAAAGAACUCAACUUGAUGAAAGUACUGGAAAUAUCAAGGGCCGUAGAAAUGUCAGAUAGUCAGGCACAGAAAAUGGAAGAAAAUCCAGCUAUUCCACAGGAGGUCAACAAAAUUAACCAACAGAUGAAAUCGAAAAAGUUUCCAAAUUUCGAAAAACCAAAACCAAGUCGUGCAUGGGAACGGAAUGGCAGAGGUCAUGGAACACAACAUUCUGGAUACAAAGGACCCGGAGGGCAACACCAAUUCCCUAGAAACAACCAACGAUGUUACAGAUGCGGAAAUCAAGGUCAUUUUGGUCGUGACUGCAGAAUAACACGGGGAAAAAAGUGCAAUAAAUGUGGAAAUGAAGGUCAUUUUGCAAAAGUGUGCAACACCAAGCGCCUUAAUUGCGUUGUUGAAAAUACUACCCCUGAAUUCGCCUUCAGUGUAUCUAAAAAUAAAACACCUACAAUCAAAGUUAAAAUCAACAACAAAGAUGUAAGUGUUAUCAUUGAUACUGGAGCUAGUGUCAACAUUCUAGACGGAGUAACAUUUCGAAACUUGUUUCCAGACAAUAAAGCUUUGAAACACCCAACAUCAGAAAUUUUUGCAUACGGAUCACCAAAACCACUGAAACAACUUGGUAUCAUUACGGCAGAGUUGAAACAUAACGGCGAAUCUAUUCGUACAACUUUCCAUGUAAUUCCCGGAAAAUAUGGAAACUUGAUCAGCAAAACAACAGCUGAGCAAUUAAAACUGAUUAAACUGGAGCAGCAUUUCAUCAAGGAGAUAACAAAAGAAGCUUCCACAAUAGUUCAGGAAUACAGUGACCUAUUCGUUGGACUUGGAAAACUUAAGGAAUUUCAACUCAAGUUACAUGUAGACAACACGGUACGACCAGUGGCUCAACCCAUACGCCGUCUGCCAUAUCACAUGCGUGAAGCUGUUGGAAACAAAAUUGAUGAAUUGGAAAAUUUAGAUGUAAUUGAAAAAGUUGAGGGACCGACACCAUGGGUCUCACCUCUUGUUUGCAUACCAAAACCGAAGCAAAACGACGUGCGAAUCUGUGUGGAUAUGCGUCAAGCAAAUAAUGCGAUAAUGCGGGAACGAUUUCCUAUUCCGAAUGUAGAAGAAACACUACAAGAAAUGAAUGGAGCUACCUGUUUCUCAAAACUUGAUCUUAAAUCGGGAUUUCAUCAAAUUGAAUUAGAGCCAGAUUCAAGAAACAUAACAACUUUUGUCUGCCACAAAGGUUUGUACAGAUACAAAAGACUAAUGUUUGGAAUUUUAUGUGCACCGGAAAUUUACCAACGAAUAAUACAGCAAGUCUUACAAGGGAUCACAGGCUGUAAGAAUAUAUCAGACGAUAUAAUUGUCUUCGGCAAAACAAAAGAAGAACAUGAUAAAGCGCUUCGGGAAGUUUUCAAUAAACUUCGAGAGAGUAAUCUGACCCUGAACAAAUAGAAAUGCGAAUUUUACAAGACAGAACUGAAAUAUAUGGGACACAUAUUGUCCAAAGAAGGAAUUAAAGUCGACCAAGAAAAAGUCAAAGCGGUUCAGGAAGCAAAACAACCCAGUAAUGUACAAGAAGU